UGGCCCGGUGUGUGAUGGCCGCGGAGCGGGGCGGGGCUGGCCUGCGGUUCCCGGGGCCGGCUCUCCGGCCUGAGACAUGGCCCGGGGUCUCGGCCCGUUAGGCCGGCCUCGCUCUGACACGGUCGCCAUGCCUAAGAGAGGGAAGCGACUCAAGUUUCGGGCUCACGACGCCUGCUCCGGUCGAGUGACCGUGGCGGAUUUUGCCAACUCGGAUCCGGCCGUCGUGAAGUCUGGACGGGUCAAGAAAGCCGUCGCCAAUGCUGUUCAGCAGGAAGUAAAAUCUCUUUGUGGCUUGGAAGCCUCCCAGGUUCCUGCAGAGGAAGCUCUCUCUGGGGUUGGUGAGCCCUGUGACAUCAUCGAUAGCAGUGAUGAGAUGGAUGCCCAAGAGGAGAGCAUUUAUGAGAGAACCGUCUCUAGAAAAAAGAAAAGCAAGCGGCACAGAGAAGACCUGGACAGGGCUGGAGGAGAAGAGUAUCCCAUGGAUAUUUGGCUCUUACUGGCCUCCUACAUCCGUCCUGAGGACAUUGUGAAUUUUUCCCUGAUUUGUAAGAAUGCCUGGACUGUGACUUGCACUGCUGCCUUUUGGACCAGGUUGUACCGAAGGCACUACACGCUGGAUGCCUCUCUGCCUUUUCGCCUGCGACCAGAGUCAAUGGAGAAGCUGCGCUGUCUCCGGGCGUGUGUGAUCCGAUCUCUGUACCACAUGUAUGAGCCAUUUGCUGCUCGAAUCUCCAAGAAUCCAGCCAUUCCAGAAAGUACUCCUAGCACACUAAAGAAUUCCAAAUGCUUACUUUUCUGGUGCAGAAAGAUUGUUGGGAAUAGACAGGAACCAAUGUGGGAAUUCAACUUCAAGUUCAAAAAACAGCCCCCUAGGUUAAAGAGCAAGUGUAUGGGAAGGUUGCAGCCACCCAUUCAAUACGAAGAUGUUCACACCAACCCAGACCAGGACUGCUGCCUACUGCAGGUCACCACCCUCAAUUUCAUCUUUAUUCCAAUUGUCAUGGGAAUGAUAUUUACCCUGUUUACUAUCAACGUGAGCACGGACAUGCGGCACCAUCGCGUGAGAUUGGUGUUCCAGGAUUCUCCUGUCCACGGUGGUCGGAAACUGCGCAGUGAACAGGGUGUGCAAGUCAUCCUUGACCCAGUGCACAGCGUUCGGCUCUUUGACUGGUGGCACCCUCAGUAUCCGUUCUCCCUGAGAGCCUAGUUACAGCUCCCUGGGGCCUGCCCUGGGCUAGGCCAGACCAUUAGAAAGCAGAUUCCACUUUGGCAGCUGGAUUGUAUAUCUGGUUAGUGGCACGCUCUGUUAGGGGAGGGAGAGGGGUUGAGUCAAGAGGAAAAUGAUUUAUAAACAUACCUUCAUGUAAAAUUUGCAUUUGAGAGGAGAAACCUGGCCCUAUUUUUUGCGUUAAAAUCCCAUUUGGUGCUAUUGAGUUUGUUGUUCUUUAUUCUUUUAUCCCAGUGAAAAUGGAUGGUCUUGCUUUAGGGGAAAAUUAAAUUCUUGACUCUCUAAACAGGGAAGUGGCAGCAUUCCCUUACGGAUCAGAGGAACCUGAGAGGCCUAAAAUUGUUGCUGCUGUUGCUUCCAGUUUAGCUGCCCCUCAAAUCCAAUUGAAUACUUUCUCUUCUCCCUGUACCCUUCUCCAGAAAUAAAGUAGGUGACAGGGUUUUCAGAAUCUUAUAA